AUGGUCGCAACGUCGUCAGUGUCCUUAACCACCACCUUGGACCCUUUACCUUCAGUUCUACGGCAUGGGCUGGUGGCGGUAGCAUUCUUUGGAAUACUCUCACUGAUCUCCAGUGUCGCUCUCUUCACAUUCCUGACAUAUCGACUCUGUGUAUGGUAUCACAGGGGCCAGCUCAAGGAUGGCGCCAAUCAGUUCCUACUCCUCAUCUACAAUUUGGUGUUGGCAGACAUCCAGCAGGCGAUGGCAUUCGCGCUGACUUCGGUAUACCUCUCCCAGAAUAAGAUCCAGGUCGGAACCACGACAUGCUGGGCGAAUGGCUGGUUCGUUUCAACGGGCGACCUGGCUUCUGGGGCCUUCAUCCUCGCCAUCGCCUUGCACACAUACUACGCCGUGGUAAAGGGCCGGCGAGUGGGAACCAAAGUGUUUUACGGAGGAAUUAUCUGCUUGUGGAUAUUUGUCUACCUAAUGGCUAUAAUCGGUGUUGGUAUAGAUCCCAAAGUAUACGUCCGAGCGGGAGCAUGGUGCUGGAUUGACAAAAGAUACGAUAAAGAACGACUCUGGCUUCACUACUUCUGGAUCUUCAUCUGCAUGUUUGGGACCGUUGUCACAUAUAUUCUCAUUUUUGCUUUCAUCAAAGCCAAGUCCCGGAGCCGCUCGCAUCCAAACUUCCCCAAUGACGAUGGUACCGACCCUGCCGCUAUGAAACGUGCUGCGAAGUAUAUGAUCAUCUAUCCGGUGGUGUACGUUGUCUGCACCUUACCACUUGCAGGCGGUCGGAUGGCUGCAAUGACGGGGAUAUCGGUGCCAUACUGGUGGUUUUGCUUGGCCGGGGCGGCCAUAACCUCCUGUGGAUGGCUAGACGUUAUGCUCUACGCGGUGACCCGGCAUGUCUUGAUAUUUGGCCGGGCUCCUCCACCUCCUAAAGACCUGGGCCUCGAUACAUUUGGCUGGAAGGAUGUUGGUGACAAUUUCUGGGGAAUGAGGACUACCAUUAGUGGUCCUCUGGGAGAUCCGAAUGCUCGAAGGCGUGAUAAGCGCGAUUUCCUGGGGAGAAGCACCCCACGUCCGCUUCGCUCGCGACAGUCGGACGAAUACCACUUUGCAAGGCAACCGGAGGGAAUCAUCACGGCUAAGACCACGAUCGAGGUUCGGUCAGGCCCCAUCAUCAACUAUGCCGAUUCCGAUAUAAGUGCAAUCGAAAUGGAGGACAAAUCCGAACGGACUCACUCACAUUCUCAUAACGAGUGA